AUGGUUAUGAUCAGGUGUUCUUUCGGUUUAUGUUGUAAGCGUUGUUAAGCUGUGUACCGGUUCGUGGAUUUAGAACUUUCAAAUUUUAAUUAACACUUAACACUUUUGUUUAACAAGAUGUGCAACAUUUGCAUUUUGUCGUUGUGUCGUUCUAAUUUCGUUAUGAUAUUCAACGUCCGUUGAUACUUCAGAAAUGUUAAAUCGUGGUGACAAUGACUCUUUGUGCCUUGUUCGUGCCGCUUUCAAGAAUUGCAUCAUUUUUCACAGUUUCAGGAGAAUCUCUGACUGCGGUAUUCAAAGACGACAUCACCGAAGUCAGCACAAAUCGACUAUCCAGAUGGCAACGUGUAGAACAACUACGCCAAAAUUUUUGGCGGAGAUGGAACCGCGAGUACAUUCUUGGACUGCAGGGGAGAUCGAAGUGGACACGACCGUGUAACACAACAACAGUUGGCUCGCUAGUGCUAAUCGUCGAAGACGACGUCCAUCCAUUGCAGUGGAACUUAGCGCGCAUUACCGAAUUGCAUUACGGUAAAGACGGUUUACCGCGAGUGGCUUCGCUAAAGACUAAAAGUGGUGUGAAAAAACGUUCAUUUCAUAAACUAUGUCGCUUGCCGAUCAGUACAGAGGACACUAAAAUCGUACUGACGAAUUACGAGUAA